GUCGAUAUAUUAGGAAGCCACCACCGGCUCCUCCAACCCGACGCCCUCGGCCUCCAUCUUCCGAUCGAGGGUGGUCCAUUUCCAGGGGAUUUCCGGGAUCAUCUCCCUCCCCAGUCCUUGAUUUCGCCUGAAAGCUUCGUCAAAGUUCCCCUUGGGUGAGCUCCAUCCGUUUUUCUCCUCUGGGGUUUCGCCCCAAUCCAUCUCGAUUCGACCUCUGAUCUCGAUUCUCCGCCGAAUAUCUUUUUCCAGCUCUGGUUUUUCUCCCGAAAUCCGUGGAGAAAGGUGUCAGCUUUAUUGUCAUCUUUGCUGCUUCUGUCUCUGAUCUCGUUGGAACGGUGUCUUCCUUGUUCGUUUCGUGGAAUCUUCGUCUAAAACUUGCAUCCAUCUCUUUUCUCUUGAUUUCCGCUCGGAGUUGUUGGCUUUUAUUAGGAUUUCUGCCCAUUACCUGUUGGAUUAUUCUUGAAUUUUGUUAGAUGGCAAGGGAAAGCUGCAACCUUGACAAAGACGAAGCCGAGAUCCUCAAACCCUCCUCCUCUUCAUCCCCUUCUCCAUCUCCCUCUCCCUCUCCUCCGCCUCCACCACCCUCCCCACCCUCUGUUUGCGUGAACCCUCCACCGGAGCUUCCGGUUCCGAAGACGCCUGGGAGUUUUGGAAACGCGGCGGUGGCCGAUUCCGGCGCCACUCUCUCCUGCGAGUCGCACCCUAGCAAAGAGGCCCUGCCGCCUGUUCGUCUCGUCAGCCGGUGCUCGAGCUGCCGGAAAAGGGUGGGGCUCACCGGCUUCCGGUGCCGGUGCGGGGAUCUCUUCUGCGCCAGCCACCGAUACUCGGACACCCACGACUGCUCAUUCGAUUACAAAGCCGCCGGAAGAGAGCAGAUUGCCAAGGCCAACCCUCUCAUAAGAGCUGCUAAGGUCAUUAAAAUCUGAGGUUUUCUUUUUGACUGGGCUUGCUCGUCUCCGAGUGUGUUGGAUUAGAAAAGUUUGAUGUUGUAAACAUUCAGCAGGAGAUAUGGCUGCAAUGUGAAUUGCUUUUGAUUGAAGUUGGCUUGGUGAUUGGAUUGCAAGCUUGCUGCCGUCGGGUUUAAUUUGUUGUUCAUGCUUC